AAAGCAACUUGGCAGCACGUCAUUGAAUUGAAGGAGGUGAUUAUGCUGACCGUGCUGACCAUGCUGACAAUUAGAGCCCCAUCAGGUGUCACGUAGGUGUACUGUUGGAUUCUCCACCAGUGACCAAGCUAGACGUCCACAUAAGACAUCCACGUGGGGCCUACGACAAUAUACAGUCGAAUACAGUCGCCGGUGUACAAGCAGCAGUGGCAUAGACCAGCAUUCCAUAUUCAAGAUGCAUCUUCUCCCAACCGUCCUCGGCCUCGCCUUGGGGCCACCACUCGUCAAUGCUGCAACCCUCUUAGCAGGCGGCACCGUAAUCGCCUGGGACGAGUCCACCUCCAACCUGGCCGUCCUCCGCAACGGCUCCGUUCUCAUCGAAGAUGACACCAUCACCGCCGUCUUCUCCGGCGUCUACAAUGGCACCCUGCCCCUCAACCUAACCCGCGUCGAUACCACCCACGACAUCGUAUCUACGGGCUUCAUCGACACACACCGCCACAGCUGGCAAACUGCAUUCAAGACCCUCGGCUCCAACAUCACGCUGCUGCAGUACCUUCCGCACUUCGGCAGCCCUGGGCCCGCGGGAACGUUGUUCUCGCCCGACGACGUGUAUGUGGGCCAGUUGGCGGGGCUUUACGAGGCGCUGAACGCGGGCGUCACGACGAUUGUGGAUUAUGCGCAUUGUGCGUGGAGUCCUGCGCAUGCAAGGGCAGCGCUGGAGGCGGAAUUCGAGAGUGGGAUUAGGGCGGUGUAUGCAUAUAAUUUCGGGGACUACGGGGCGACGAACUUCUCUUUCGAGGCGCAGGUGGAGCAGUUCGAGGAGCUGGUGGGGGAAGCGCGGUUUGGCUCGGCUGUGGAGUUGGGGAUCUCGUAUGAUGGGUUUGUUUACAGCGCUGAGAGUGAGACGAGGACGGUGCUUGAUCUUGCGAGGGACCACAACGUCUCUCUGCUGACGACCCAUGCCAACGGCGGCGUGUACGGUGCCGCCAACUUCCCCUCGACCCUGGACAGAUUCGGCUUCCUCAACCAGUCCAUCCCGCUCAUCUUCGCGCACGCGUCGUACCUGAAUGUGGAAGAUGAGCAGCUGUUGCGGCAGUACAAUCACUUCAUCUCUGUGACCCCGGAAUCGGAAAUGCACUACGGCCAUCUGCACCCGAACAGCCACCUUAUUCUUGACCAGGCGAGUCUGGGAGUCGACACGCACUUCACCUUCUCGACUGACAUUCUGACGCAAGCGCGCAUCUGGCUGCAAAGCGUGCGAAAGAUCCUUUACGGAGAAGUCGUUGAUAGGCGCCGGGUCCCUGCGAAUAAUCCGAUGUCCGUGAAUCAGGCCUUCCAGCUGGCGACGCGUAGUGGCGGCCUUGCGAUGCGACGACCUGAUCUUGGCGUCCUUGCUGCAGGCGCAAAGGCUGACUUGGUAGUGUGGAGUGGAAGAAGCCCGAGUCUGCUAGGCUGGCGAGAUCCCGUUGCAGCGAUCAUGUUGCAUGCGAGUGUAGGCGAUGUAAAGCAUGUAAUGGUAGACGGGCAAUUUGUUAAGAGAGACGGGAAGUUGACAACGCAAAAUUACGAAGGCCUGCAGGAGCGGUUCUUGCAGAGUGCGGAGAGGAUUCAGGACGCGUGGGCGGAGAUGCCCAUACCUGCUUCUGAGAGCGAGGCGAGUGCCGGAGUACCAUAUGAGCGGGCUUUGGAGGUAGACGUGCAGAGGGGAGAGGGGACAGGAUAUGGGCCGCUUUUCUUCUAGAGUUUUAGUG